AUGGCCUCUGCUAAGGCACAUCUUUUAGGGGAUGUGGAUGACACCCUGCAGUUUGGUGAAGAAGAAGAAGAAAAUACAAAUAAAUUAAAGCAUCCAGUUGUGACAUUUUUUCAUUUAGCUUUCAGAGUAUCUGCACUAUUAGUUUAUAUAUUAUGUGGAUGGUUUAGUAACAGUUUUAUCACUAGUUUUGUUAUUGUAGUUUUAUUAUUAUCAAUGGAUUUUUGGACUGUAAAAAAUGUUACCGGACGUUUAAUGGUUGGUUUAAGGUGGUGGAAUUAUGUCGAUGAUGAUGGAAAAUCUCAUUGGGUAUAUGAAACCAAAAAGGGAUCUCAACAGAAUAGAAUUAAUUCAUCAGAAGCAAGAAUUUUUUGGUUAGGAUUAAUUGUGUGCUCUCUGAUUUGGGUGAUACUUUUUAUUGUAGCUUUGUUAGGAUUCAAAUUAAAAUGGCUGCUUUUAGUUUCAAUUGCUUUAGCUCUGAAUGGAGCCAAUUUAUAUGGAUAUAUUAAGUGUAAAGUCGGAGCCAAUGAAGGUUCUUCAUCGUUUUCAAAUUUUUCUUCAAAUUUUGUUUGGCAACAAUUAAUUAAAAAUGUGAGUAAUAUUUUACUUAAAAAGUAA